AUGCUGUUCUCUCUUGUUGUGUCCAACCAGUGGACGCUACGCCAGCUAGAUGUUCACAAUGCGUUCUUGAAUGGACACCUGGCAGAGACGGUGUAUAUGAAGCAACCUCCGGGAUAUGAGGAUCCGACCAAUCCCAGUCAUGUGUGUUUUCUUCAGCGUUCUCUUUAUGGCUUGAAACAGGCUCCACGCGCCUGGUUCAAGCGUCUCCAUGAUUUUCUGUUGUCUGCAGGUUUCAAGUCCUCCAAAACAGAUGUCUCUCUAUUUUACUACACAGCUGGGGACUCCCGAGUUUUCUUACUCGUCUAUGUCGACGACAUUAUCAUGAUGGGAAACGAUGCCGCCCUGGUAACCUCUCUACUGCAACGGCUUGCGACAGCAUUCAAAAUCCGAGAUCUUGGUACUCCACACUUCUUCUUGGGUAUUGAAACCAUUGCAGACAGUGAUUGGAUUAUUCUCUCGCAACGGCGUUACACAACUGACCUCCCAGGACGAGCUGGAAUGGUUGACUGUAAGCUUCUUGCUACACCAGCAGCUGUUACUAAGUCAGUCGUACCGUCUGAUGAGCCGUUUGAGAAUCCGACUCAGUAUCGUCGUGUGGUCGGCGCUUUGCAAUAUCUGACUAUCACCCGGCCGGAUCUUGCGUACUCGGGGCUUGUCAAACGUGUCCUGCGCUACAUUAAGGGGACACUCUCACUAGGGUUACGGUUCUCGCCGUCGUCUACUACUCACAUACAGGCCUAUUCGGACUCUGAUUGGGCAGGGUGUCCUAUUGACCAGAAAAGUACAAGUGGGUUUGCUGUCUGUCUGGGGUCUAAUCUCAUCUCCUGGCUCUCCAAGAAACAGCGCACCGUUGCUCGGUCCUCCACAGAGGCAGAAUAUAAAGCUCUAGCUGACAUGUCUACUGAAGUCACUUGGGUUGUUACUUUGUUACGGGAAUUAGGCCUACACUCUGGUGAACCUGCUUCCUUAUGGUGUGACAACCUUGGGGCGACUUAUCUAUGUGCGAAUCCGAUUUUUCAUGCAUGCACUAAGCACGUUGAGAUCAACUACCACUUCGUUCGUGACAAAGUGGCAUCGGGGGACUUUGUUGUCAACUACAUCUCUACUACGGAUCAGCUGGCUGACAUCUUCACCAAACCGCUUCCAGCACCUCGGUUUGCCACUCUACAGGACAAGCUCAAUAUUGUGCUUCACCAACCUUGUGCUUGA